CGGAGAGGGAGAAACCGGAAGCGAGUAGAGUUGAAUUGAAUUGAAUUCUUUAUUGGCCAAGUGUGAUUGGACACACAAGGAAUUUGUCUUUGGUGCAUACGCUCUCAGUGUACAUAAAAGAAAAGAUACCUGUUAUGUCUGACAAAGUCCUCGGGGUUACCACCCGCUUGAGCCUUGACAACAGCCAGGUGGUCCCUGAUUGGCUAAGACGCGCCUGGAGGAAAAAAGCGGGAGUUUGGAAGUCCUGUCAUUGGUGAAACUUCUGAGGCAGCCAGUAUAUAAGGGCUGUCACCGGAGGUUUCUGUCUCUGCUGUUCCAUGCUUUAUCUCGUUGUUAGCCACAGUUGAGUUGAAUAAAGGGUUGCGUUCGUUACAACAUCUGUGUGGACUCAUUGGUACCCACUAGCUUCAGAUAUAAUAAUACCUUCAUCGAGGAGGACGGAGGAGCCCGGCGGGGGAAGGAAGGAAGCGCCGGCCAGGAGGAGGAGGAGGAGAGCGGGCCCCGCGGAGCAGCCCUGCCCGGUCCCGGCACGGCUUCCCUGGGAGAUGGCGGGGAAAGGCCGGGGGGCUCCGGGGCUGCCGGACAGAUGAGCCCAGGGGGAUCCCGGGAAAGGUGGCUGCCUAGAGGGCGAUGUGGGGAGGAAGAAACAGGCAGAGACCCCAAGACGGUCCUGGAGGGCGGAGGCUCCUUCGGAAGACCCGGGAGGCCCCCAAGGAUCCAGGAGGGAGGAAAGGAAUAUCAGUGCCCAGAAUGUGGAAAAAUCUUCAAAAGAAACGACCAUCUUGAAAGCCAUCUAAGGAUCCACUCAGGAGAAAAACUUCAUAAAUGCCUGGAGUGUGGAAAGAGCUUCAGUUAUUCGGGAAACCUUUAUAGACAUCAAAGAAUCCAUUGGGGGGAGAAACCAAAGAAAUGCCUGGAGGGUGGAGGCUCCUUCGGGAGAUGUGGGAAUCCCCAAAAGAUUCAAGAGGGAGGAAAGGAAUAUCAGUGCCCAGAAUGUAAAAAAUCCUUCAAAAGAAACGACCAUCUUCAAAGCCAUCUAAGGAUCCACUCAGGCGAAAAGUCAUACCAAUGCUCAGAAUGUGAAAAAUGUUACAAAAGAAAUGACCAUCUUCAAAGGCAUCUAAGAAUCCACUCCUUUGGAAACCCACAUCAAUGCUUGGAGUGUGGAAAGAACUUCAGUCGGAGAGGAGAUCUUACGCAACAUCAAAGGAUCCACACAGGAGAAAAACCUUAUAAAUGCUUUGAGUGUGGAAAGAGCUUCAGUCAAAACAGCAGCCUUUAUAGACAUAGAAGAAUCCACUGGAGAGAGAAAUCAAAGAAAUGCGUGGAGGGUGGAGGGUCCUUCGAAAGACCUGGAAAUCCCCAAAGGAUCCAGGAGGGAGGAAAGGAAUAUCAGUGCCCGGAAUGCGAAAAAUCCUUCAAAACAAAUGGAUAUUUUCAAAGGCAUCUAAGCAUCCAUAGAGGAGAGAAAAAAUAUCAAUGCCCGGAAUGUGGAAAAUCCUUCAGAACAAAUGGACAUUUUGAAAACCAUCUUAAAAACCACUCUGUUGAAAACCCACAUAAAUGCUUUGAGUGUGGAAAGAACUUCAAUACUAGAGGAGGUCUUAAUCAACAUCUACGAAUCCACUCGCGAGAAAAACCUUAUAAAUGCAUUGAGUGUGGAAAGUGCUUCGGUCACAGGAGCAGCCAUGAGAGACAUCAAAAAAUCCACUCAGGAGAAAAACCGUACAAAUGUCUGCAGUGUGGAAAGAGCUUUGCUGAGGGUUCAGGCCUCCAUCAUCAUAAAAAAAUACAUACUGGGGAGAAACCCUAUAAAUGCCUCAAAUGUGGAAACGGCUUCAGUGCUAGAAGAGACCUGGAUAGACAUGAAAUGAUUCAUACAGGAGAAAAACCACAUAAAUGUCUGGAGUGUGGAAAGAGCUUCAAUCGGAAAGGAAAUCUUUCCAUACAUCAAAGAAUCCACUCAGGAGACAAACCAUUUCAAUGCCUGGAUUGUGGCAAGGCUUUCUCUGCAAAGAAAACACUUCAUUCACAUCAAAGAAUCCACUCAGGAGAAAACCCAUUUAAAUGUCUGCAGUGUGGAAAGAACUUCAGUCGGAGGGGAAGCCUUUACAUACAUCAAAGAAUCCACUCAGGAGACAAACCAUAUCAAUGCUUGAAUUGUGGCAAGGGUUUGUCUUCAAAGAAAACCCUUUACUCACAUCAAAGAAUCCACUCAGGAGAAAAACCACAUAAAUGUCAGGAGUGUGGAAAGAACUUCAGUCGGAGGGGAAGUCUUUACAUACAUCAAAGAAUUCAUUCAGGAGACAGAUCAUAUCAGUGCUUGGAUUGUGGCAAGGGUUUCUUUUCAAAAGGAAACCUUGAUUCACAUCAAAGAAUACACUUAGGAGAGAAGGAAUACAAAUGCCCAAACUGUGAAAAAUCCUUUGUAAGAAGUGGAAAUUUAGAAAACCAUCUAAAAAAACACUCAGCUGGAAACUCACAUAAAUGCUUUGAGUGUGGGAAGAGCUUCAAUAAGAGAGGAAAUCUUAAUCAACAUCUAAAAAUCCACACAGGAGAAAAACCUUAUAAGUGCUUUGAGUGUGGAAAGCGCUUUGGUCAAAGGAGCAGCCAUGAGACACAUCAAAAAAUCCACUCAGGAGAAAAACCACAUAAAUGCCUGGACUGUGGAAAGAGGUUCAAUAUGAGGGGAAACCUUUAUAAACAUCAAAGGAUCCACUCAGGAGAAAAAACACAUAAAUGUCAGGAGUGUGGAAAGAACUUCAGUCGGAGGGGAAGCCUUUACAUACAUCAAAGAAUCCAUUCAGGAGACAGACCAUAUCAAUGCUUGGAUUGUGGCAAGGGUUUCUUUUCAAAAGGAAACCUUGAUUCACAUCAAAGAAUACACUUAGGAGAGAAGGAAUACAAAUGCCCAAACUGUGAAAAAUCCUUUGUAAGAAGUGGAAAUUUAGAAAACCAUCUAAAAAAACACUCAGUUGGAAACUCAUAUAAAUGCUUUGAGUGUGGAAAGAACUUCAGUAAGAGAGGAAAUCUUAAUCAGCAUCUAAAAAUCCAUACAGGAGAAAAACCUUAUAAGUGCUUUGAGUGUGGAAAGCGCUUCGGUCAAAGGAGCAGCCAUGAGAGACAUCAAAAAAUCCACUCAGGAGAAAAACCACAUAAAUGUCUGCAGUGAGGAAAGAGCUUCAAUCUGAAGGGAAACCUUUACAUAGAUCAAAGAGUCCAUAUGGGAGAGAAACCCUAAGAUUGUGUGGAAUGUGGAAUGUGUUUCAUAAAUCAUAUUUCUAUGAUUUUUCUCCUGUGUGAAUCAUUUGAUGUCUAUAGAGUUCCUCUCAUAUUGAGAGGAACUGUAUAGACAUCUAAUGAUUUACACAGGAGAAAAAUCAUAGAAAUGCCUGGACUGAGGGAAAAGUUUCAGUUCAAAGCAGGAUCUUUUUUUUCCCCGUCUAGGAAUCCACACGAGGAAAAACAUAUAAAUGCCUUGAGUGUGGAAAGAGCUUUGAUGAUGAUGGACUCAUUCAUUGACAUGAAUGGAUUCACAUGGGGGGAAAUGCUAAAUAUGCCUGAGUGUGGAAAGACCUUCAGUCAAAUAUAUGUCUGAAUAAUUUGUUUAGUCAAGUGUGAUUAGACAUACAAGGAAUUUGCUUCUGUAUAUCCUUAUCUCUGGACUAGCCAUAUCCAGUUCCUGCAACUGUUUCACAUAUGUUUCAGUCUCCAGGCCCUUAAUCAUCCUCGUUGCUGUUCUUUGCACUUUUCCCAAAGUCUCAACAACCUUUUGUAAUGUGACCAAAAUUGAACAUAGUAUUCAGGUGUGGCCUUACUAAAGUUUUAUAAAUUGGCGCUAAUACUUCAUGUGA